AAUAAUUAUUAUUAUCAAUAAUUAACGAUUAAUAAACUUGAAUGCACUAUGGCCAGCACUAUUAAGGAAGCAUUGUCAGUGGUGAGUGAGGAUCAAUCAUUAUUUGAGUGUGCCUACGGAGCUCCACAUCUUCCUAAGACUGAGAUGACUGCAUCCUCCUCCAGUGAAUAUGGACAGACUUCCAAGAUGAGUCCACGUAUCCCUCAGCAGGACUGGCUAGCACAACCACCAUCCAGAGUUACUAUCAAGAUGGAAUGUAACUCUAAUCAAGUUAAUGGGUCAAGGAACUCUCCUGAUGAUUGCAGUGUUACAAAGGGUGGGAAGAUGGUCAACAGCCAAGAUAAUGUUGGAAUGAAUUAUGGCAGCUUUUUGGAGGAGAAGCAUAUUCUAUCAACCAACAUGACAACAAAUGAACGAAGGGUGAUUGUACCCGCAGAUCCUACGUUAUGGAGCACAGACCAUGUCCGGCAAUGGCUAGAAUGGGCAGUGAAAGAAUAUGGUCUUCCAGAUGUUGACAUCUUGCUAUUCCAGAACAUAGAUGGGAAGGAUCUAUGUAAGAUGACCAAAGAUGAUUUCCAAAGACUCACUCCAAGUUAUAAUGCUGAUAUCCUUCUCUCCCAUCUUCACUACCUCAGAGAGACUCCUCUUCCACAUUUGACUUCAGAUGAUGUUGAUAAAGCCUUACAAAACUCUCCACGGUUAAUGCAUGCUAGAAACACAGGAGGGGCCACUUUUAUUUUUCCAAACACUUCAGUAUAUCCUGAAUCCACACAAAGAAUUGCAUCUAGAUCAGAUUUACCAUAUGAAGCAGCCAGGAGAUCAAACUGGACAAGUCAUAGUCACCCUACACAGUCAAAAGUUACUCAACCAUCUUCUUCAACAGUUCCCAAAACAGAAGACCAGCGUCCCCAAUUAGAUCCAUAUCAGAUUCUUGGGCCAACAAGUAGCCGUCUUGCAAAUCCUGGGAGUGGACAGAUACAGCUUUGGCAGUUCCUUCUGGAGCUUCUAUCUGACAGCUCAAAUUCCAACUGCAUCACUUGGGAAGGCACCAAUGGAGAAUUCAAGAUGACAGACCCUGAUGAAGUUGCCCGUCGUUGGGGAGAACGCAAAAGCAAACCCAACAUGAACUAUGAUAAGCUUAGUCGUGCAUUACGUUACUACUAUGACAAAAAUAUUAUGACUAAAGUUCAUGGCAAGCGUUAUGCUUAUAAAUUUGACUUCCAUGGAAUUGCUCAGGCAUUGCAGCCCCAUCCUCCUGAGUCUUCUUUGUACAAGUAUCCAUCAGACCUCCCUUACAUGGGCUCCUAUCAUGCUCAUCCUCAGAAGAUGAACUUUGUUGCUCCUCAUCCUCCUGCUUUGCCUGUGACAUCUUCCAGUUUCUUCUCUGCCCCUAACCCAUACUGGAAUUCAUCAACUGGAAGUAUCUACCCCAAUACCAGGCUUCCAGCCAGCCAUAUGCCUUCCCAUUUGGGGACUUACUACUAAAGGAAAAAAUGACAUUCCUCUACAUUAUAAAAUUUCCCAUUGAAUUUCUAUAAAGUCUGCUAGAGAGAACUUGAAUCAAAAGUGGAAUGAAAGGAAUGAAAAAGGUUGACUAUAUUUCAGGCUGGGGGUGAGAGUGAGAGGUGGAGAAAGAGAUCAAAUAGUCCUUCAGGGAUAGGAAAUUAAUAAAAUUAAUACUUAAAGAGCAAAGAUUAUGCUAAAACGUAAUAUGGACCAAUCACGAAAGACAAUGUAAGUUGAAGCAUGACGUGAUCAUGAACAUGAGAAAUGUGGUUUUAAUAAGUUUAUAAGCUUCAGUGUAAAGUUUGGUAUCCACACCCUAACUGGGACUAUACUACAAUAUUAGGAUAAUACAAUAUUGAUCUAACAUACAAUAUAUGAAUUCAUUUUUAAAACUCUGCCUAUAUUUAAAAUAGAAGUAUAUUUACAUAUACAGUGUGUGUGUAUAUAUGAACUUAUACACACACUUACACUCAGAUUCAGACUGGUUUAUUGUGGAAGCCAAUGUGUGGAAUACAAUGGCACUUGCUAUUUUGAUUAAAAUCAAAAUGAAGGGCUAUCAGCUAUUUCAAACUGUGAAGACUCCUCAUCAUUUCAGAUUCCUGUGAUCCAAAGAGUAGGACUGAGAAUGUGUAUAAAAGACAAGUGUAUGAUUGUAGAACAAGAACCUGUAUCUGCAACAGGACAUUAGUAAGAAACAGAAGAAGAGAGCAACAAAGAGCAAGAAAGAAACUGCUUAACCAAGUAGAAACUGAAAAUGUUAACAUUGGACCUUGGAUAAUGAUUUGUUAGGACAUGAGGUAAAAUAUUAUCAGUGUUAUGCCAUCCCUAGUAUACAGAGAGGACAUUGCUAAUCUUGAAGGGAAAAGUAGUGUGAAAUUCAGAAAUCAGAUUGCACAUCACUUUUUAAAGUUUUCUUUUUUUUAAACUGGAAUUAUCUGAUAUUUAGAAGAAACAGUCAGGACUUUACCAUUAUCUUGGGGCAUAAGGUAAGAGACAGCCUUGCUGACUGUCAUUAUCGGAAAUCACACAGAUGUUUUGGUUAAGUGGGCAUCACUUUUCCUUUUUGAGUCACAAAUGCUGUGCGUUUGUAAGAAUGAAGUAUACAAGUCAGUGGGUUUUUUCCUCUUUAUUACAUAAUAAUUAUAUAACUUAUGCAUUUAUACACUACGAGUUGAUCUCGGCCAACCAAAGACAACCACACACACAUACACAUACACACAUACACGAAAGUACACACACACAUGCACGCGCACACACACACACACACACAAUGGAUAAUCAGAAAUAUUGUGGCCUUGAAUUUCAACUCAGUAUGCUUAAUGUUUACAAUAUGAAGUUAUUAAUACUUAGAAUGCAGAGUGUACAUAAUAAAAUAAGCUUGGCCUAGCUUGAUGGUUCUUAUUUAUAUAAUUGUCUGCAUUUUUAGUCACCAACUUGCUUCAACAUCAUAAUUGGUUAAAAAUGUUAAUCUUCAUUUCUGUUCCUUAAGAAAGGGAGAGACAAUAAGACUCAAAAGCUUUUUGACUGAAAUUAUAUCACAUUUCAUCCUUACAAUCAUUUUAUGCCACCUAGUUGUGAGAAUUUCAACCAAAUUCUUCCUAUUUGUUCCCAUGCUGCUAGCAUGUUCAUAUCUCCUCUCUGAAGCAGUAGGACCAGACAUUAUAUUGGUGGAUUGGUCAUACAUAAUAAUUUGUAUUCAUCUACAGAAUGGAAAGAGAAGUCUGUGAAACUGAGGAAUGAUUUUUGAAGCAAAAAUUUUAAUUCUGUCUCCAUCACAAAUCACUACAUGGUUCUUAAUAUAAUCAUAAAAUGUUAGUUGAACCAUGAAAAACCUGCUGCACUUAAAGAAACUAUAUCAUUACUAGUAAAUAAAAUGUGUAACAGAAAAGCCCAUUAUUCCUCAGUUUAUAACAGUAGGGGGCAACAUCUUAAUGUAUUAUUUGGCUUUUUCCAUUGAUUAAAAUAAGCUGAUUACCUCCAUCUUUUAUACCACAGGAAUUUAGGAACUAGAAUUCAGGGUUUAGAAACCUCUAACCUCAUAUUUAUUGGUAGCUGUGCUCAGUAGACACUAUUUCCAAGAUCCAGUAUACCAAUGGACCUAUGAUCACACCAUCAGUAUUUCCAUGUUGUGUCUGCUGGUCCUUUUCCAUGCCCUCUCUUAUAUUUACCAUAGGGUGUCAGCCCUUAUGUAAUGUAGGGAGAGUGGGGAAAGGGAAAUGGGCAGCAAGACUGGGGAGAUCUCUGAGUUUUCUAGUAAAUUCAACUUACCUUAACUGGUGUGGAGAGCAAACCCUGAACACAAAGCACAAUUGGGCUAUUUCACAGUAGUUCCAGAGCCACUAAUUAGUUUUGUGUGGUCUUUUGCCAUAAGGAAAACUUGGUUGUCAGACCUCUAUGCUAUGACAUCUUGGCAAUAAUUCCUAAAGAUUAUAUAGGAUCACAUUACUUAAGUUCCAAACUCUGUUGGCAUUGUUCAUAUUGCAAAUAGCCUCCACCAUUAUGUUCAUAUUGAAAAUAACUCCAUUCUGCUCUAGCUUGUACCUUGAUCUUGUAUCCUUGAAAAAAAACUGGCAGCAAAGGAUAUGUACUACUGAAAAAGGUUGAUCACUUACUAUGUUAGAAGCUCAAGUCAGAAGUGUCUGCAUUCUGCAUAUAAUUGUAAAUUGUACUCUCCUGGUAAUUCAAUGCCAAUGUUUCAAGACGAUUUCAUGAGCAAAACAAUAAAAACGAAAUAAGAUCAAAUUCAAUUUUACAAAUAUUUUAAGUCCUGCCCACAUACCCCCAUCCAAAUUAUCUGCACAAGUCUGAUGUAAGUAUGAGCAAUGAGGUGACAUUUUUGAAUAAUGUCCUCAAUAAAUAAGCCUUUAACCCUACUUUUAAAAUAAUUCUUUC